AUGGCCUAUUAAAUAUUCAUGGCAAUGGUAUUAUCCACCGUGAUUUUCAUAGUGGAAAUAUUUUGAUGGAACAAUAUAUUUAUAAUCAAGGUCUUUCUAUUAAAAUAGGUGAUUUAGGAUUAAGUAAAUCAGCUACUGAAGCUGACGAUAAUGAAAUUUAUGGAAUUAUUUCUUAUAUGGCCCCAGAGGUUCUUCAAGGGCAAAAAUACACCACAGCUUCAGAUAUUUAUAGUUUUGGUAUGAUUAUGUGGGAGUAUAUGACAGGUAGAAGACCUUUUUGGGAUCGUGCUCAUGAUACUGAGCUGAUUAUUGAUAUUUGUGACGGGUUACGUCCUCCAACAGGUGUUAUAGUAGCACCUAAAGGUUUUAUUGAGUUGAUGAAAGAAUGCUGGGAUCCUGAUCAAAGUAAAAGGCCAGCAGCUGGGAGUAUUUAUGAUACAAUCGAAAGAUCAAAUGAAGUUGUAGAUGAAAAACUUUCCCG